UGGUUCUAACUGGUCUCUCCCUCUGUCCCACAGGCCGGGGGGUGGCACUUCCCCCGUUACGAGUGCGGGGUCCCCGCCCCUCCCCCCGGGUGGGCUCUGCUGCACCCCGGGCGUCUCACCCACCUCCCCCGGGGGGUCCCCCCAAAACGGGGCCCCCGCUGGGGCCUCGAGGUGCUGCUGGACCCCUGAAAUUGGGGGGGGGGGACACCCCCCGAAAUGGGGAGGGGCGCCCCCAAAUUUGGGAGCCCGGAAAUGGGGGGGACCCCGAAAUCUGGGACCUCCGGGACGUCGAGGACCCCCCGAAUUUGGGGCAUCGGAGACCCCCCCCCGGGACAUCGAGGACCCCAAAAAUGGGGGGUGGGACCCCAAAAAUGGGGGGGACCCCGAAAUCUGGGACCCCCCCGGGACAUCGAGGACCCCAAAAAUGGGGAGAGAGACCCCAAAAAUGGGGGGGACCCCGAAAUCUGGGACCUCCAGGACAUCGAGGACCCCCCUGGACAUCGAGGACCCCCCCAGGAUUUUGGGGACCCCCCCCGGACUUUGGGGACCCCUCUUCAGGACGUCGAGGACCCCCCGAAUUUGGGGCAUCAGAGACACCCCCAGGACAUUGAGGACCCCAAAAAUGGGGAGAGAGACCCCAAAAAUGGGGGGAACCCCAAAAUCUGGGACCCCAAAAAUGGGGGGGACCCCGAAAUCUGGGACCCCCAGGACAUCGAGGACCCCCCAAAUUUGGGGCAUCAGAGGACCCCCCCGGGCAUCGGAGACCCCCCCCGGGACAUCGAGGACCCCAAAAAUGGGGGGGACCCCAAAAUCUGGGACCCCCAGGACGUCAUUGGGGACCCCCCAGGACGUCGAGGACCCCCCAAAUUUGGGGCAUCAGAGACUCUCCUGGACAUUGAGGACCCCAAAAAUGGGGAGAGAGACCCCAAAAAUGGGGGGGACCCCAAAAUCUGGGACCUCCAGGACAUCGAGGACCCCCCCUGGACUUUGGGGGACCCCCCCCCAGGAUUUUGGGGACCCCCCCAUUGUUCUCAUGGACCCCAAAAUUGGG